AUGUCGUCUACCGUCGAGCUUACCUACCAAGAUGUUGCUGAGCACAACACCAAGAAGGACAUCUAUGUCGUGAUCCAUGACAAGAUUUACGACUGCACUCAAUUUGUUGAUGAGCACCCUGGUGGCGAAGAAGUUUUGCUCGACUGCGCCGGCCAGGAUGCCACCGAGGCCUUUGAGGACGUUGGCCACAGUGACGAGGCUCGCGAGACCUUGGAUAAGAUUCAAGUCGGUGUCCUGAAGCGACAGCCCGGUGAUCCUGCCCCCAAGGCCGCUCCCCCUACCUCAUCCGGUGCCAACUCUGGCAACAGCGACAGCACUGGCGUGGGCAUCGGUGUCUACUUCAUCAUCCUCAUCGGCGGUGCUCUGGGCUACCUCGGUUUCCAGUACAUGGCCAAGCAGCAGCAGGCUCAGCAGGCUGGUGCCGCAUAA